UAUUUUACUCACUCCACGUUGGUAACUCGAAAGAACAACACGCGCUCAAUUGUUUUUGCGAAUUUUUAUUAUCAAUACAAGUUUGUAAACUGCCAGUGUUUGUUUUGUGAGUGAACAAUAUUUUGACAACAUGUGUGAGAAGAGAACAAGGAAAAUCAAAAAAGGUUCAAACCUUAUGCGUCUGAGAGAGGCGAGGCGCUUACAGCGGCUGCAGCGAGUGACGUCGCCGCCGGCGCCCGAGGUGCCCCGGCCCUGCCAGCCGCAGCCGCUCCCACCCAGCAACAACGGAGCUAAGAGCAGAGUCCUCCUAGAACUCGCCUGGAAAACCGUCGCCCUCAUGCACAAAAAUAGGAUAAUCCAACAAAAAAUUGUAGCUCUACAAAAAGAAACUACAGAAUUCGUCGCUUCAGUCAUGAAUAACCCUGAGAAUAAGCAGCGGUACAUGGAACACCUCCGCGCCUACAAGCUCGCGCAACAAACGCAAGCGCAUCCUUCUAAAAUUGAAAACAACAAUUUGCCGUUAAAAGUUGAACCAACUGUAUAAUCAACUUUGUACAGGCAAACAGACAGUACGAGUGUAAAUAAAUGAACCGUCUAUUUUUAGGUUAUGGAAAUGUUGUAUUGUCAUAUGAUAAUUAAAUUUGAGUUUUGAAUGCUCUAGAUAUAAACUUUCGUUAUUAGCCAUAUUUCUAUUUGCAUCGGAUUCCAAAAUUAUUACAUAUACAUUGAGACAUAAUUGUUGGGGGUUUAUUAAGGUAAGGUGGGACAAGGCCGAUAUGCCGAAUUUUGAUUCAAUAUUCUUUGUAUACAAUAGCAAUAUCAAUAGAUACAUAUAAGUAGUGUAAGUUUUGAACUAGUAUCAUGUAAGAAUACUACGAUUGAAAAUAUGAAAUCGAAAAUUUCACAUACCUAUAGGCCUUGGCCCACUCUACCGUAACACUAACAUGACUGGAUAUUUAUAUAACGGAUCAAUGACAAGUGAAAGCGAAUGUCAUUACAGUAUUACCUAUGCAAAGUUUUAUAGAAAACUAAGUAUACUGUUUUAUGUGUUCAGUCUCCGUAGUCACUGUAAACAAAAACUGCCUCCGUGUUGUUGCGUCACGAUUGAACUUAGUUAUUACGCUUGAACUAGUUUGAUAAUAUAAAACCUCCGUAUUAAUAAGGGGCCUGUGCACAUAACAUACCUACACCCAGUUGGAAUAGCAUUGUACUGGCUAAUGUGCCGCAAAGACUAGUAACUAUGUUAUUUACUUACAAUUUUAGCGCAUAGUAGACUUUACUCGUACUUGCUCGUACUUACGUUAAGGUUACGAGUAUAUACUAAAUCUGUUUUGACGUUAGAUGUCGUAAUUAGAUAAUUAGGUAUCUUAUUUGUGGUAAGGGAGUUGUAAGUAAAUGUAAUAUUCAGUUCUUCUGGACUUCGAUUUAGAACAUAUGUUCAUAUUGGUACCUUUCAGCAAUAAUGUUUUAAUGCAGUGUCUUAAUAAAAAUGUUGUGGAUAAUGGAAAAUAGGUACUACUUCUACAUAGGACUAGCAUUAAGAUUCUUUUGAGGUUGUAUCUAACAUAAGAGUAUGAGGCUGUUUAAUUUAAAAGUGUUGUGGGGAUCUUCGUACCUAAUAUGUAUUUAAAUGUAUAGAUAUACAACUUACAUUUAAAUUAAAAACCUACAGGUGUGAAUUCAUUGUGACAUGAAUUAAUUUCGAGCUUUGUAAUACGACAUCCAUGUUUAUUAUGUUAAGGUCGUAAUUUAAACGUUUUAUGGUACGAAGACGUUAAAGGUAUUGUUAAUACUCUUAAGUUAUAGGUCAGGGGUCACCAAUUUGUUUCUUCUGGGGUCCGAUUUUUUAAAAUAAUGUGACCAUCGCGGUCCGUUUCUACUUGUGUUUAUUAAAUAAGUAUUAAAAUUAUAUAGGUCGGCGGUCCGGAUCCGGACCGCGGUCCGCCAUUUGGUGACCCCUGUUAUAGGUAAUGUACCUAUAACGUAUAGGUAUGUAGGUAGGUAUUUAUAACUGCUGAUCCAAACACCAAUAUUUGCUUGUGUCGCUGUCAUAAGUUCAUUUAGGGCUUCAUUUUACAUUAAAUGUAAUGUCAAUUUUAUACUAAAAACUAUAAACAUUUUCGUUACGUGCCUGUGAUAUAAAACUUAAAAUUUGUUUCAA